AUGUCCAAACAAUCCACCCCCACCAAAACCCCCAAACCACCCCCCUCCAUCAUCUCCACCCAAAUCGGCUCUGACUACGACGACCUCGAGAACGACCCCCCAACACCCCCCUCCACCUCCUUCUCCUUCGCCAGCCCCUCUACCUCCCGUGCGUCAUCUCCGCAGCGUCAGAAGAUGUGCAUCCCUCUGUCCCUCCCAUAUUGCAAAGAGGGUGCGAUCCCCACACCAGGAAAGACUUACAUCAUUACCGCACUGCAUCUUCCUUCCUCGCCGCAUCCUCAUUGCCCCACCGAUGAGGAAGACAGCAGCAACCAGAUCCUGAGGGCCAUGACCCUAUGUGGGGGGCAGCUCAAGCUGCAGGAGCUACGGCGGAUGAAUGUGACGACUGGGUGUUGGUUCUGGGAGUGCAUCACCAAGGAAGGAUGGCUUGGUUUUAGGAAUGUGGCUAGUGGGACAUAUCUGGGCCAGAAUGGAAAGCUGGAAGUGGUGGCGACUGCUCCGCACUGUAAAGCGUGGGAGUGGUUUUGCGUGAGGAGGGUUCCGUUUGUGGAUCGAGCUGGGGGGAAGGAGAAGGAGAGGGAUGGGUAUGUGUUGUUGAUAAAGCAUUGGGAUACUUUGAGGUGGGUGGAUGUGUCGAUUGCGCCGGAUGGGACGGUGAAUAAGGAGAGGUGGUAUUUGGCGGGAACGGACAGGGCGACGGUGUGGGGGUUUGUCGAGGUUGGGGAGCAUGAUGGGUGA